UCGUGCCUGGUUGUCGAACGAGCCGCCAGCGUGAUUUUUCCCUGACCCCUGCCAACCCUAGCCGCCGCACAAACGCCAAUCGCCGCCGGCUGUCGAUCGCUUCCCCGCGUCCCCUCGCGUGUCCUUCGCCUCCCUCUGCUCGAGGCCUCCCCGUCUCACGCUGCCAAGAGCGACUCCUGGUCUCAGCAGCCGCCCUCACCUCCCUCUCUCUCCAACCAACCCCGCUCUCCUCUCGCAUCACACAGGCGGCGGCUCAACAUAUCCUGCCGGGUGUGGCGUAUGUGGCAUCUGUGUUGUGCUUAUGUGCGUCCGUGUUUAUGUGUGUGGCCUUCUACAGGCAGAGGAAGUCGAUGGUUGCAGGCAGAGGAGGAUUACGAUAGUUCCCUUGCUCUUUGCCAGAAAAACUGAUAGUUCUUUUGAUUUGUUUUGGUCUGGAUUAGUACAAAAGUGCACUGAUAUUUGUUUUGUGGUGCAGGAGCUUCAAGACAGCAGGUUUAGCAGGGAUCAAUUGCAACCUUCGUUUAGCUUCUGUUAUGUGAACCAAUUUGUGAUGGCUUCUAAAAGCACAUGGCUGGUACAGAGCAAAUUUUACACCAGAGCCGUCGUCUCCGUCGACUUUGCCGCAAGACAAUCUGCCAUCACCUCCGCCGACUUUGCCGUAAGAUCAUCAGCCGUCGCCUGGACCUACUUUGGCGCAGGACCUGAAGGAAAGCGGCAACAAAAGCAAGAACCAAAGGCGCAGUCGCGCAAGGUCGAACCAUCCACAAAGAUCCUCUUCCUGCAGCUAUGACAACUGUGGCAAGACCUUUGUUGAUGUGGCUGCCUUGAGGAAGCAUGCUCAUGUACAUGGCGAGAGAGGCAAUAUGUUUUUUAGGAGCCUGGCUAUUUGAAGGUACCUCUAGCAAAUAUUCAUACCUUACGCCUUUACCAAUUCAUACACUAACCGGUGGUGAACUUACGUGUUUACUAGCAUUGACAAACUUUUCAGUAAUUUCAUGGUUUAUUUUAACGGACCUUUCUCUGUUGUGCAUAGUUGAUAUUGAUAUAUCCAUCCAUCCAAUCCACGAUGAGUGUUGAGUGAUUAAUCCUGCACAACCAAUAAUUCAGUUAAUUUAAUCCUACUAGAUAUAUACUCCAUCCAAUUCACAGUGAGAAUUUUAAGAACCCAUAGGCAUCAAAGUCUUGGUCUUUUUUCCUGUCCAUGUGUAGGCACAAACAGUACUCCAGCUCGGUCGGAUUAGAUAUAAGUUUGGUCUCUGCCCGAGCUCCAACUGCUGCUUGGAUUUCCUUUUUUUCCUCUCAUGCAACCGCAGAUACCAUCUGACGCCUUUUCUUUUCGUGAUUGAAUGCUGCUAAUUGAUUUCAUCAUAUGACCAUUGUUUCUCGGUUAGGGGCCUGUUAUACAUUUUUUAGCUUGACGAUGUCGUGGUCGCCCCACCGAUCAAAUCCCCGCACACACGCAACAACUCAACUCUACAGUUUGUACGCCACCACCGCCGCUUGAGCAGCCCAGCGAACGAUUUAGGUAAUGUAUCUGUAUAGGAUAAUCCUCCAUUACCAUGCACAAAGACUUCGAUUUAAUUUUAGAUCAGUUUAGGUCAGCGUGGUGAUGCUCAGCAUAAUAAGGUGUUGUGUUGUUAUAUUGAAAUAAAUGAUUCAGCAGAGGUGAAUGGUCUCUCUGACUGAUGUUGCCAGCUGCAUCACAUACUUGCUAGCUUCCCAAAUGCAGUGUGCAAUGAGUACUUUCCACAUGUAGCAGUGAAGACACUCAUUUUCAGAGCAGCUAUACUCGCAUGUGCCCUGAAUCAUUUAAUUGCUUUAAUUCUUGAACAAAUGUAGGUUGGUUCUCUUGCUUUUUACCAUGGUAACUUUGUAAACUUCAGAAGGCAUAAAUUUGGCAGCACACUCACUCGCUCAACAAUGAGCACCGGAGUCUAAAGCUUUGCCAUUGACUGAAGAACAUCAAGGUCUUCAUUACAUGAUUAUUAGUUUCUUAAAUAUUUGUGUAACAUCAGAGUACUUUUUAGUUACAGAUUUGGCAAUACCCAGGACAUUAUUCUCCAGUUCAACUAUUGGCUUUCAAUGUGGCAGUGUGAGCCAUUGUUGCUAUCACAGGAUCAUGUGGCACGUAUUUGGUUUUUGUUGAAAUAUGAUGGAGAUGGCUCUUUUGUAGUUAGAUGUGACUGCCACUCUCAUACCAAAUACUUUCAUGAUGAAAUGCAGUUGUUGCAAACAUGAGUGAAGAUGACUGUACGUGGCAUAUGUAUGAUACAGUCAAAGAAAGUGAUUGGCAUGGCAAG